AUGCGGUUCCUGGACAUGCAGAUGCGGGUCACGCCCAGCGCUGCCAAGGAGGUGGAGAAGCUGAGACCGAAACUGGACGAGACCCAGGAAUCUCUGGACAAGACUGUCGGCGGCAUGCGCGAGCGGUCUGAGAAGGUGCAGGUGGAUGGCAUCGUCAAGGACUCGGAAGCAAAGCUGAAGGAGGUGGAAGAGGCGAUCAAGAAGCUUCAGGAGGCAGAAAAGCCAUUCAAGAGCGAAGAAGAGAUGGCUGCGGAGAAGGUUCCAGAGCUCCUUUCGGCGUUGGAGUCGGCCUCGCAUGCCGCCACGCAGGCACUGAGUGGUGCGAAGACCUUCGCCGGAGUCAAGAAACUUGCUGCUCGCCGGCUCAGCGAAGGCUCCAAGCAGACUGCUGAGGAGCAGCUGAAUUCCGUGGUCGGGAAGCUGGACGAGCUUACAAAGACCUUGUCGGAGAGCAAGAAGUCCAUGAUCCAGCGAAAGCAG